AUGUAUGAUUGUGCAAGUUUGUUUGAUAAAUUGCAGUUUAUCGUGAUUCAUGAAGAGGAGGAGUUAGCGGAGAAGGAGAAGCAAGGGAAGAGGGAAAAGGAUGAGUUGAACGAGAUGACGGAGGAGUUGUUCGAGUUCAUUUCUGACCGUCUGCAAAGACACUUUUGUGCCCGAUUCGAUACUGGGCCGUUCAGCUUGAAGUUUUCACAUAAACACACUAUUUUCUCCGCUUCAUCGGCCUCCAUGCGGCCGCACACGAGCCCUCUGCUCCGAGCCUUGAUCUCCUCUUAG